AUGGAACACCAGUCCGUACAAUCCGAAUCGAACAGCCACAUUGAAGACAACACAAGCAACAAUCACGGAUGGCAAAAGGUGACGUAUGCGAAACGUCAGCGAAAAACUCUCGCCAAACCGGCGGCUACCGGAAAUAGCAUUCCCAACGGAUCUUCUAUUUCCGGCGGUGAAACUGUGUUUACGUCGCUGGAAAAACAAUCGGAGGAGCGGCGCCGGCGAAUCGAAGCCCAGAGAGCGGCGGUUCUGGCUGAUGUGGAAGCUCCGGUGAGAUUGUCCGGUAAGAAAAGGGACGAUGAUUAUGAGGAAGGGGAUGAGACUGAUUCGGAAGCUGUUGAGAACGGAAAGCUUGAGGAAAAGAAGUUGGUGAAGGCCAAGAAGCCAAAGAAACCGAAGGUCACGGUGGCGGAAGCUGCAGCGAAGAUCGACGCCGCUGAUCUCGUCGCUUUUCUCGCUGAUAUUAUGGGGUCCUAUGAAUCACAGGAGGAGAUUCUGUUGAUGCGAUUUGCGGAUUAUUUUGGACAAGCAUUUUCGGCAGUGAAUGCGUCUCAGUUUCCAUGGCUGAAGCUGUUCAGGGAGUCCACUGUUGCCAAGAUUGCAGAUAUCCCUGUUUCUCAUAUUUCUGAAGCCGUAUAUAAGACUUCAAUUGACUGGAUCAAUCAACGUUCCUAUGAGGCACUUCGAUCCUUUGUUUUAUGGUUGUUGGACAGUAUUCUUGCUGAUGUAGCAAGCCAACAGGCAGGUCCCAAGGGCUCAAAAAAAGGUGUGCAACAAACAUUCUCGAAAUCCCAGGUUGCUAUAUUUUUAGUUUUAGCAAUGGUGUUGCGACGGAAACCUGAUGUUCUGAUCCACGUGUUUCCAAAGUUGAAGGAAAAUUCAAAGUAUCAAGGACAAGAUAAGCUUCCAGUUAUUGUGUGGAUGAUAGCUCAGGUGAACAAAUAA